UUAGUAUGGAAAAAAUAAGUGUAUGUUUAAGAAUAAGACCAUUAAACUAAAAGGAAAUAAAUGACAAUGAAAUAGUAGCUUGGGAUGCUAAUGACUCAAAAAUUUAACUAAAUAAAAUUUGUUUAAAGGAAUUAAUUGGUUAAAAAAAAGUAGUCAAUAGUUUGAUUUACGAAUUCAAUAAUUGUUAUGGAUAGUAAGCUGAUAAUUAUUAUUUGUUUUCAACAUCUGUUAAACAAGUAAUAAUGCAAUCUUUAGAUGGUAUUAAUGGGACUGUGAUUAUGUAUGGAUAAACAGGGUCAGGGAAAACAUUUACAAUGUUAGGCAAGAGAAAUUAGGAGAUGCUUUAUUAAAACAACAAUAAUAACAUUCAAUAAUUAAUCAAAGAUAGUUUUGCUAAUAAUUAAUACAACGAUGUUGGAAUUCUUAUUUAUUCAAUGAUGGAGCUAUUUAAAUAAAUUAAUAUUGUAUAAGUUACUUUUAUAAAACUAGGACGAAAAGAGACAAUUUGAAAUCAAAUGUAGUUAUUAUGAAAUAUAUAAUGAAUUUAUAUAUGAUCUGUUACGUGAAGAAAAUGAAUUAUCUGAACCACUUAUUUUUGGAACUGAUUAUCGUAAAGUAAAUAUAUUAUUUGUUAUUAUAGGAAUUUGUUAUCAAAAAUAUUAAAGAAUUUAAUGUAACUUCAAUUGAAGAUGUAAUCUCUUGUAUUUCAAAAGGAGAAAAAAAUAGACAUUAUGCUGAAACUAUAUUGAAUCAUCAAAGUAGUAGAAGUCAUACAAUCUUCAAAGUUCUUAUUAGUGCUUAUUCUAAUGAAUCUGAAGAAGAAGAAAACUUCACUUUUUCUACUGAAGCCUGCAUUAAUUUUAUAGAUUUGGCAGGAAGUGAAAAAAUAUCAUCAAGUCCUAUUUCUGAUGAUAAUAAUAGAAAUUCAAAUAGAAAAGAUAGAAAUAAAGAAAGUUCUGCUAUUAAUAAAAGUUUAUUCUUUUUAACAAGAGUUAUUGCCUUAAAAACUUAAAAAGUUCCUCCUUAACAUAUUCCAUAUAGAAAUUCUACAUUAACUAAAUUAUUAAAGUAUAUUAAAUAUAUUUAAUUUAGAUCUUCUCUAAUAGGAAAUUUUAAAACAUUAAUUUUAUUGAGUAUUAAUCCUGGAUUGAGUUAAUAUGAUCAAACUCAAUCAACUUUGAGAUUUGGUUUAAGUGCAAAAUUAGUUGAAUCAAAAGUUGAAUAGAAUGUCAAUUUUGAUGCUUCCUAUUCUAAUAAUCAAUAAAAAUUAAACUAGUUAAUCUAAAAAAAUAAAUAAAAUGAAAAGAUUAUUUCAGAUUAAUAAAAAAUUAUUGAUUCUUUAAAAUAACAAUUAUAAUCAUUGAAUUGUUCAGAAAUAUUAACAAAUAUAAAACAAACAGAACUUUAAUUAGUUUCUAAACCAUCAGUUAGUUAAUUUAAUGAAACUGAUGUAUCACUUUUGGAAAAAACUUAAGAAUUAAAUACUUAACUAUAAUAAGAAAUAGAAAAGAAUGUUCUUUUAGAAAAAAAUUGUACAGAACUUCAUAAAAGACUUUAAAAAUCUAAUGAGCAAAUACUUACUUAUUUCAAUUCUCAUAAAGAAAUGGAAUAAUAAAUAAAAGAAUUAAAAGUAUAAAAUGAAAAAUAUGAAAAAUUAUCAUAAAAUGCCCUUAAUAGAUUAUCUUGUUAUGAAGGACAACCAAAUUUUAAAAAAUUUAGUUUAGAAGAACUUUAAAAUUUAGAACAUUAAAUAUAAUAAUGUUUAUAAGAUAUUAAAGUAAUAUUAAAAUUAAAAAUUUAGAUAGAAAAACAAAGAAGAAAUUCAUUUUAAUAAUUGAAUAUAGAUGCAAUGCCAUUAUUUACAUAACCAACAGAGACAUUAAGAUCUGAUAGGAGUAGUGCAAGCUAAGAUUUUCGUAGAAUUGAAGAGUAAUUAAUAUGCUAAAAAUAGAGAAGACUCUAUACCUAAAAGUUAUAAGAAAACUCCAAAAAAGGAAGGAAAAUAAAUAUAACCAAAAAAAUAAUAAUAAAGUUAUUUUAAGGCUACUUCUAAUCGUUUAUCUACACUUUCAAAUAAUGAAAAUAAAUCUCCUUUACUUAAAAAACCAAAUUUAAGGGAUGCAAAAAACUUUGUAAAAAAGAUUUAAGAUGAUAAGAGUAGUAUUUAUAAAAAAUAAUAUAGAUUAAAAACCAAAAAAAAUAUAAUAAGAUGAACAUAGAAGUAGAUCUAAUGAAAGUCAUUAAUAAUAAGAAUCUUAGUAGCCAGAAUAACAUAAAUUAAAAAGUGAUAUAUAAUCUUUGGCUGAUCGAUUAUAUUCAUUAUCAGAGAAGUUUUAGUUGAACAGAGAUUCAAGAGUAAGUUAAAGCAGAAAGAGUACAAAUAUGAAUAGGACUGAUAUCAUAUAUGAAACUGAAUCAGAAUUAUUAGGAGAGAGUCGAACAACAAUACAUAAAAGUAAUCGUUCAGCAAUGAAAUGA